AGAUUGAAUUAUUUUCAUUUGCCCUUCGUGUCUGCCUCGGUCUCUGAUCCUGGGAACUACUGUGUUACGUCCUGUGAAUGUUUUGAUUUCUCAGAAGACAUGCAUGGAUUGCAGUGGGCUCUGAUGAUGUGAAGGUUGGGCGCUUGCAGCUGACUGAUAGUUCUUUGUUUUCCACAAAUUUUUACCCUAAAAAAAGGAAAUCAAAGUGUGUUUUAAUCAUGCUGACCAGCAAGGGUCAGGGAUUCCUUCAUUUGGGCUUAUGUCUCUGGCUGUGUAUUUUCAUACCUUUCUUUAAAGGAUGUGCAGGGUGUGCCACUGAAGAGAGGCUCUUCCACAAGCUGUUCUCUCACUACAACCAGUUCAUCAGGCCCGUGGAGAACGUGUCAGACCCUGUUACUGUGCACUUUGAGGUGGCCAUCACCCAGCUGGCCAAUGUGGAUGAAGUGAACCAGAUCAUGGAAACCAAUUUGUGGCUGCGUCACGUCUGGAGUGACUAUAGAUUGCACUGGGAUCCCAUGGAAUAUGAUGGUAUCAAGACACUUCGUGUUCCAGCAGACAAGAUCUGGAAGCCUGACAUUGUCCUCUAUAACAAUGCUGUUGGGGACUUCCAAGUUGAAGGCAAGACCAAAGCUCUCCUUAAAUACAAUGGCACAAUCACCUGGACUCCACCUGCCAUUUUCAAGAGUUCCUGUCCUAUGGAUAUCACUUUUUUCCCUUUUGAUCAUCAAAAUUGUUCCCUAAAAUUUGGUUCCUGGACAUAUGACAAAGCUGAAAUUGAUCUCCUCAUCAUUGGGUCCAAAGUGGACAUGAACGAUUUUUGGGAAAACAGUGAAUGGGAAAUUAUUGAUGCUUCUGGCUACAAGCAUGACAUAAAAUACAACUGCUGUGAAGAGAUAUACACAGAUAUCACCUACUCUUUUUAUAUCAGGAGAUUGCCGAUGUUUUACACCAUUAAUCUGAUCAUCCCCUGUCUCUUUAUCUCAUUUCUCACUGUGUUGGUCUUUUACCUUCCUUCAGACUGUGGUGAGAAAGUGACACUGUGCAUUUCAGUCCUGCUUUCUCUGACUGUGUUUUUGCUGGUCAUCACAGAGACCAUCCCGUCCACCUCCCUGGUGGUCCCGCUGGUGGGUGAAUACCUGCUGUUCACUAUGAUCUUUGUCACCCUGUCCAUUGUGGUGACCGUGUUUGUGUUGAACAUACACUAUCGCACCCCAGCCACACACACUAUGCCCAAGUGGGUGAAGACCAUGUUCCUGCAGUUGCUGCCCCAGAUCCUGAUGAUGAGGCGGCCUCUGGACAAGGCACAGGAGCUGGGCUCGACUAAGAUUCCCAGGAGCAUUUCCAGAAGGCCUGCCAAGGUCAAGUUUACCACCUGUGGGGAGCCCAGACUUCUUAAAGAAUGCUUCCACUGUCAUAAGUCAAGUGAGCUUGCCCCCAGCAAGAGAAGGGUAAGUCACCAGCCUUUACAGUGGAUGGCCGAAAGUUCAGAGCACGUGCCCGAGGUUGAAGAUGUGAUGGACAGUGUUCAGUUCAUCGCAGAAAACAUGAAGAGCCACAAUGAAACCAAGGAGGUAGAAGAUGACUGGAAAUAUGUGGCCAUGGUAGUGGACAGAGUCUUUCUUUGGGUAUUUGUAAUUGUCUGUGUGUUUGGAACUGCAGGGCUAUUUAUACAGCCGCUACUUGGGAACACAGGAAAAACUUAAGAUGCACUU